AUGGGAACGAUCCCACGAACAAGGACGAUAAGAGCGUUAAUCGAUGCGGCUGACUGCUGCUGCCCGCUGGCUGUGCGGAUAGAUGGCAACGUCGCCACUCCUCAGGUGGAACACACACCACGGCUUGAGGCGAUUAAUAUGCUUAGCUUAGCCCCACUUACGCGAUAUGGAGAGCCCCCGUCCCCUGUUAUGGACACACCCGCUCCUCGCGCUCUCCUUCUCUUCCCCUACUCAGUCUUGGCUGACACGACGUUCUUCCGGAGUUGGUGA